AUGCCCGGCAUCGUCAACACCGGAUGGGACCCCUGGAUCGGUACCGAGUCCUACUCCGGCUGCAAGGCUACGCAAGUCACCAAGCGUCGUGUUUUCUUCCCCGCCGUAGCCCAUUUGCCCCGCGACGCCACUCCGACACCCGUCUCAACACCAUAUACGGGUAUCCAGUUCGCUGAAGACAACCCGUCGCUCUCCGCACACACCGGACGCAACGUCACCAAACCACCGGGACCGUACAUGGAGAUACUCCUCUUCUGGAUGUGUGGUCCGCUCGGCCAGUGCCCGGACGGUACGGCCGUGUUCACCGCGCCCAUGGUCGCGCUCCAAGACCUCGGCUUCUUUGCGCGCUACGCUUUGGGCCACCGCUCGGGGCGCGACCUCGAGGUUGCGUCCGCCCCUUCGGCUGGGCGGAGCUCGCGGCGACGUACGCGCGCGUGA